CGUGCUUUCAGUCUUCGCUGUUCUCUUCUUUACACAGAAUAAACUAUGCGUGCUUUCGGACUGUCAGCACCAUGCGUUACAUCGUUGUCAUCUUUUGCUGUCUGUGUGACUGGGGAAGUUUCACUGAGAUCCCAUCCAUGAGUCACGUUGAGCAGUAUGAUGUAGUGAGACCUCAGCGACUCAGACCUCAAACGAGUCACAAGAGAGUCAGGAAACAGGCUUGUGAAUCAAAGAAACAAGAAAAGUAUCCCGAGAAACUUCUAUAUCAGUUGUUUUUUAAUGGAAAUAAUCAUACAAUUCACUUGCAAAAGAACAGUGUUCUCAUUGGACAUAACUACACUGAAAUACGUUAUAAAGCAGAUGGAUCAACUGUGAUCACAUCCCCAAAGCUGGAGGACCACUGUUAUUAUCACGGCCAUAUUGAUGGAAUGGAGGAUUCGUCAGUGAGUGUUGGAGUCUGCUCUGGCAUGAGGGGUUUUGUUAGGGCUGAAAACCAGAUGUACCUGAUCGAACCCCUGAGUGACAACACCGAUGGAGAUCAUGCCUUCUAUAAGCAGGAAUACCUGAGGAAAAAGAGGAGUGUUUAUAAAGACUCUCAUAUCACAGGUCAUGAUAAGGAACCCAGAACGGCAGCUCUUCACAAACCCAGCAGCUCAAAGAUGAAGACUGUAUUCCAGACUCAGAGAUAUGUGGAGCUGUUUCUUGUGGUUGACAAUACCGAAUACAUAAGAUUCAAGUUUAAUGAGGAAGUGUUGCGGGCAAGGAUGUUGGAAGCCAUAAAUCAUGUUGAUAAGUUCUAUCGUCCACACAAUAUCCGUGUCCUGCUGGUGGGUUUGGAGUUGUGGAAUGUAAAAGACCAGUUCCUGGUCAGUUUGAGUGAAAAUGACACUCUGACCAGAUUUAUUCAGUGGCGGGAGAAUGAACUACUGAAAAGAGUCAAGCACGACAAUGCACAAUUUGUAACCGGUGUUGAUUUUUUGGGUGACACUGUGGGGCUGGCGAACAAAUUCGCAAUGUGCACUAAAGCCUCUGGAGGUGUUAAUCAGGAUCAUCACAGGAGUCCACUGGGCUUAGCUGCAACCAUAGCACAUGAGAUGGGCCACAACAUGGGUAUGUCCCAUGAUGCACCGGGCUGUUAUUGUGGCCUUUCUGAAUGCAUCAUGACUGAUAUUAUAAAUUCAGCUGCCUUAGUGUUUCCAGAGCUGUUCAGUAAUUGCAGUCUGGAACAGCUGAGCACAUUUCUGGAGAACGCCAACCCCAGCUGCCUGCUAGACCGUCCCAGUUCGGACAAAAUUUAUGGUGGACCUGUCUGUGGCAAUGCUUUCCUCGACCCUGGGGAGGAGUGCGAUUGUGGGACAGUAGAAGAGUGUAACAACCCAUGCUGCGAUGCUAAUACUUGCAAAUUUUCCAACGGAUCGCGGUGUGGGCAGGGAGAGUGCUGUGAAAACUGCCAGAUAAAACCAGCUGGCAGUCUGUGUAGGGCCUCAGCGAGUGACUGCGAUCUGGAUGAGUACUGCACAGGACAGUCUGAAAAGUGUCCAGAAGACAGCUUUAAAAUGAACGGGAUACCUUGCAGCUCUGGAGACAGUUUCUGCUACAAUGGUCGAUGUCCAACUCACCUCCAGCACUGCCAGAGACUAUGGGGAAAAGAUGCCCAAGUGAAUGCACGUGCGUGCUUUUUAAGUAAUAGAUCAGGGAGACGUGAUGGCCACUGUGGAAAGACCAAAGAUGGCUACAGACCCUGUGCAGAACAAGAUGUGUAUUGUGGAAGUAUAUAUUGCACUGGGGGUAAUAAGUUUCCCAUUACCGGUCUAAAAGCUCAGUUGAUUACACAUAGUGGAGUCAUAUGCAACAUAGUUGGGGAAAGAUCGGAGGAAGAUAACCUCAGCAUGGUACCUACAGGAACUAAAUGUGGCCAGAACAAAGUCUGCUUUGACAACAUAUGCCAAGAUGUGAAAGUCUAUGGUAUGAGUGUAAACUGUUCAGAGAAAUGUAAUGGACAUGGGGUUUGUGAUCAUCGAAAGCAGUGUCACUGUGACCCUGGAUGGGUUCCCCCCUUCUGCAACGUCAAAUAUGUAGACCUGACGUCUGAAAACAAUAUGACAGUCAUCAGCAUCUCAGUUGCAGUUGGAGUCGUGUUACUACUUGCAGUGGGAUUUGGAAGUUGGAUUUAUUGUAAAAAGAUAAAGAGGCCUGGCUCGAGGCCUAAAACAAAAGCUGAUCUAGAGCAAUCAGAUCCUUUUUUUGAGAACCCCGGAGCAAAGCGAGCGUUUUUAAAGGAACGUCUCGAAAUCAGCGAGCCUACUUUCAUAAGUACGACCAUUUCCAGGCCUGUCGUCUCAUACACAGUCCUGCCAUCACGGACAGCACCGCAACCUCCUUGUAAAAAGUCAGAACCACAGCAACCUCAGACGGCUGCAUCCAUGUCCUCACCGAAACAGAUGAAGCCUCUGCCUCCUUCUAAGCCGGUACGACCUUCUGAUGUGAAAAAGACUGAAAGCAAUGAAGUGAAAAUUGCACGGAGGCCUCCGACCAUUCCAAGAAGAUGACUAUGAUGCGAAUCAUCAUGUAAUUCCAUAAUGGAUUUUCAGUCCGUUGGGUUCAUGUGUCACUAAUAACACCUCUGUGGUGUGGUGACACAUCAGAACUGCGGCUCUGUGUAGUCGUGACCUUUUUUUUUUUUAAUGCUUGUUUUCCAGUGCAGAGAGGAGCAUUACACUGAAUUAUACUUGACAUACAUUUCUUACAGUAUAUGCAAUAGAACUUUAAUUUUUUUAUAUAUAUUAUAAAUACAGUGGAACCUUGGAUUACGAGCAUAAUUCGUAAACCGAAUUAAAAUUUCCCAUAAGAAAUAAUUUAAG